AUGGCGGACACUAAAAAAUACCAAAUGAAUAUAGCAUUAAUUAAACCGCAAUUCCUCGUAAAAGAUGAAAUAGAAUCAUUAAAAAACACAUCAUCGAUUAAAGAGGAAGGAGAAGAUGGAGAAACUCCUGAUAAAAAAGCAAAACUCGAUAACGAUACAACUAAUAAUGAAACUCCUAAUAAAAGUAAAAAUAAAAAAUUUCAUAAAAAUCCUAGACACAAGGGACGAGGUAGACAUUCAAUUUAUGAAAAUUUAUGUAAAACAUUAAUUGACGUACCAGUAAAUGCACCUAAUCCAGUUUGUGAAUCAUUAAGGUGUAAAUACCUUCAUGAUGUUAAUAAAUUUCUUCAAUCGAAACCUCCUGAUAUUGGAAACGAGUGUCAUGUUUUUAAAGUUAGGGGCCAUUGUCCUAAAGGAAUAUCAUGUAGGUUUGGAAAUGAACAUGUGACAGAAAAUGGAAGAAAUAUUGUCGAUGAAUCGAUAAAAGCACAUUAUGAAAAAAAUGUACCAAAAAUAAUAAAUUUUUACACAAAAGAUAUAGAAAAUGAUCUCAGAAAAAGAACUUACGAUUUUAAAAAAUCAGAAGAGGUUUUGGAUGUUUUACCAAAAGUUAAACCUCCACCUCCUGUACCUCCAUUCGGUCCAUUCAAUUCUACAAUUUGGGGCUUAGGUGAAAUCGACUUUACUGAAGAUAUUGAUGUUCCAACGAUAUCUCCUGUAAAUGAUACAAUACCACCAUUAAUAGAAGAAUCUAUUGGACCAUGUCCCGAUGAUGAUCUCUUUAAAUUACAUUUACAAGAAAAGAAAAAGAUUGAUUGGAGGGAUAAAUUAUAUUUAGCACCUUUAACAAACUUUGGAAAUUUGCCAUUUAGGAGAAUUUGUAAGGAAUUUGGUGCGGAUGUAACGUGCAGUGAAACAGUUGUCGCCAAUUCUAUACUUCAAAGUCAACCGUUUGAAUGGUUAUUAACAAAACGUCACGAAACGGAAGAAUUAUUUGGUAUACAAUUAUUUGGUAAUAAUCCUUUUAUAAUGACGAGAUGCGGUCAAUUAUUGGAAGAAAAAACAAACGUUGAUUUUAUCGAUAUAUGCAUCGGUAGUCCAAACGAUACGAUGGUACGUCCCAGAGGAACUACUAGUCAAGUGAGAAGAGAAAAGGUUGUCGAAACAAUAGUAAGAUGUUUGUCACGUGUUUCUAGUCUUCCUCUAACGGUUACAACAAGACUGGGAGAUUAUUCCGAUGAAAAAAUUUCAAAUAAAUUUUUACCAAAUUACAAAUCCUGCGAAAUAUCACUUUUAACAGUACAAGGUAGAAAUAGGGAAACAAAACAAAUGGAUUGGAAAUACGUUAACGAUUUAGCACAAAAAGUUUCACCCGUAAAAGUUUACGGAUUAAGUGACGUUUUCAGUUACACGGAUUAUCUCGAUAUACAAGAAAAUUAUCCUAAUCUUUCCGGUGUUUUAUUAAGUAGGGGAGCUUUAGUCAAACCUUGGAUAUUUUCCGAAUUGAAAGAACAAAGGGAUUGGGAUAUAAGUUCGGGUGAACGUUUUGAAAUAAUAAAAAAAUUUGUCAAUUACGGACUCGAACAUUGGGGAAGUGAUACUAAAGGUGUCGAAUUAACGAGAAGGUUUUUAUUAGAUUGGUUAUCGUUUCUUUGUCGGUACAUACCUGUAGGUCUUUUAGAACAUCCCCCGCAGAAAAUAAAUGAUAAAUCCCCGAAAUUCGUAGGGAGAGAUGAUAUGGAAACAUUAUUCGGGAGUCAAAAUCCGACGGAUUGGAUAAAAAUAAGCGAAAUGCUUUUGGGACCUUAUCCAGAAAAUUAUCAAUUUACACCGAGGGUAAAACCUAAUUUUUGGCCCAUCGAUUCGUAA